CUAGAUAUCGAGAGCUGCGGACCAGUGCUCCGUCAGACGUCGGUGGGAACGCACGCUUAGCGCUUUUCGCGAUCCUGCACACGUGUGUACCGACGAUGAGGAAUUGAGUGUCUUGUGCCGGCGUUGAAGUCUCCGGAUUUUCGGCGGAUAAUUUCACUUCAGACACAGAACGAGUAUUGUGUUAAAGUUCACUUGUCUGAAACUGAAAAGUGAAACAGUCGCAGGUGUUCGAGGCGUGGUGUGUGGACACAUCUUCGCCGAUUUUCAGUGAGUGAACAGAAUGGCUUUUGUCGUACAAGACAUGCGGAAAUUCUAUUACUCUUGUGAUUUGUGAAUGAUUUAGACUGAAAAACUGACAUCUCUCAUCGGUGCAAUAAAAAUUAAGAUACAUCUCCUGAAUUCCCAUGAGUGUGGUAGACUCGGGCCUCCCUUGGCUCCGGUAUUUGCCCCCGCUGCCCUUGACUCUCCCUCUCACCAUGCGCGAAAAAGACUCUUCACCUCGCAAGAUGCUGGUGGCUUCUGGUGGCCACAGCUCGCCCAAGCAAGCGGCCGUCUACCCUCUCUCUAUCCGAGUUCCUCCAGGAGACGAGAUGCCCUUCGACCUGUCCCGGAACACGCGCUCGCCGGGCCCCCACAUGUCUCCCGCGGGCCGGCCGCCUCCAGGCCCCCAAGACGGUGACGACCAACCUCUCGACCUCCGCGUCGAGCACAAGAAACUCUCGCUGAUGAUCAUCCGGAGGCAAGUCGAAGACGAAAACAGGAACCUAAUCUCGCCGGCUGUUAGUGUGAAUAGUGAUAAAGACGAUGUUAUCGUGGACGAUCGCAGCAGUCCCAAUCACACCGUACCAAAAACGUUCAGUCCGCAGAUUCCCGGAUAUCCCGGAAUGCUGUUUCCGCCGCAACCCAUCCAUCCCAUGAUGCUCGAAGCGAUGUAUCGGGCGCAGGGGGAUAAAGUCCCGAGGUUGCCUUUACCGUACCCUAGUUCCCCUCCGGGGUACCCCCAAAGGUACCCUUUCCUAAGUCCCUCAAUGUUGAGUCCUCCGGUGAAUCAAGUUCCUUUUGACAUGUUGAGGAAUCCGACGCCUCAAACGCCUAAAGUUUACGACACAGCAGGUGGUAAAAUGAAAGACAGAUACGCUUGUAAGUUCUGUGGUAAAGUUUUCCCUCGAUCGGCCAAUUUGACAAGACAUUUAAGGACUCAUACGGGGGAACAACCCUACAAAUGUCGAUACUGUGAACGCUCUUUUAGUAUUUCGAGUAAUCUGCAAAGACACGUAAGAAAUAUCCACAACAAAGAAAAACCGUUCAAAUGUCCUCUCUGUGAGAGGUGUUUCGGUCAACAAACUAACCUCGAUCGACAUUUGAAGAAACACGAAGCUGAUGGACCUACGAUACUUGAUGAACGGAAUCUUCAAAGGCGAACCAUGGCGUCGAGAAACUUAAGUGAAGAAUCGUACUUUGAAGAAAUUAGGAGUUUUAUGGGAAAAGUUACAGACGGACGACUUCUUCAACACUUACAGCCACCAAAACAGAUGCCAAACUUUCCAAUUACUUUACCACCAAAACUUUUCGAUGCCAAAACGAGUCAAGAGAAGAGUCCCGAUGAUGCCAAACGAGACUCUUCUUACUUUUCGGACAAAGAUAAUUUCUCGUCGAGGUCAUCGAGCAGUUCGGAAAAAGACGAAGAAGAGAAACCGCAAGAAAAAAGUGAAGAAAGCACAAAAUCAGAAGAAGAUAUCUCUAACAAUAACAAUACCUGAUUUUAGGUAACCUUGUGAUACGUGAUUUCCUUUUCAAAAUUUUCAAAUCUGAAUUUGGUACAAAUUGAAUAAAAACGAGUCGGUCGUGUCGAUCGGCAGCUCAGCAGGUGGUACUCCACUCAGAUUGUGAUUAUAUUAUAAAACCAAAUUGUUGUUCACGUUAUUACGCAAUUUUCGAGAGAGCAAUUAAAAAUCUUUUAUAUCCUAAUUUGUUUGGGUGCUCCGCAGGAACGACCUCCGAAAUUUAUUAACGGGAGCUGAUAAAAGCCGCUCCAACACGCAAACGGUGCUGAAUUGAUAAUUUUCUCACAGGAUGUGUCACAACAUCAUAAUCAUGACCGGCUGGGACACGUGGAAGGCAAUUAACGGAGAAAUAUGAGAAAAGUACUUUACUUAAUUGGAACAAAUUCACGUAUAAAAAUCGUGGUUUAUUGUGACCACUUGCAUCACCGGACUUUCUCCAAAAAUUUUAAUACCGUUAGAUCUGAAAUAUAUCUUGCUGAUAUUUUCGCGUUAUAAUCAAUCAUCUGGUUGCAGAAUCGGUAUUUUCACCGAACCAUCAAUCUCGCUUCACCUGAGGGUGCAUUUGGUCUCGAUUUUCGGAAAAUCGAUCAGGAAACAUCCCAUCACCAAAUAAAGCCGUUUCAGGAAUUCAAAACCUGCAGCGUCAACCAGUCGCUUUAAUUAAGAACGGAAAUUAACAGCGCUUUUAACGCAGAAUUAGCCAUAAAUGUAGGCAAUUAAGAGUGAUAGUUGAGACACAAAUUACUCGCCUCGGAAUAUUUUAAAGUAAAUCACACGAUUUUUUUAAUUGAUUGAUUCCGAGUAACGAGCUGAAAGUGAACGAUUUUGACUCCGGUCUCUUCCGGAAAAUUUAAUCGGAACGGCUUGAAAAUAAGUAUUUCUGCUUUUUUAUUAAUAAAACGAGUUAUUGGAAAGAUGCGUAUCGGGAUGGGAACGGAUGUCAAGAAUGCUUCACAAAGUACCAGUCGUCUCAUAUUCCAUAAAUUUUGAUGUUUUUGCCAAUUCGAGAUUUACGAGGGGAAAAUAUGGAAUUAUUGACGUAGACUGAAAUAACGUUACGCAGUCAACGACGAUCAUUUUAAUACGGGCCUGGAGCGGUUCUAAUCUUCAAUAAUCUCGGACAUGUUCCUCGUGUUGCUACAACAAUUCUGAAUCGAGAUAAUAGCUUUAAUCAAAUAAAUGUCUAUAUUUAUAGCUCUGGGCCAAACAUGGUGCUUUUCAACGGUUCUUCCUCGAUUUAAAAAUAGAGCUAGACCCGCCGGCAGGGUCUAUCGCGACUUCAGACUUUGCAUCUCAAAAUUCGCCAAAAAUAUUUAUUACAUUAUCUCUUCUUUUCUUUUCUGUACAUUUACAUCUUCUGUCUGUUAUUCUUCCUCGCUUUUUUUUCUUCACUUAACAGCUGUUUGUUUACACUAAUUAAGGCGUUAAAAUUAGCUUUCUCUUUGUUCAUUUUUGACAAAUAUUGAUCACCUCGCGGCCACAAACCCUUCAUUACUUUUCGCAUUGCAAGCCGACCAUCUGCUCCUGCAUUUUCUAAGAGGUCAUCUUGAGAUUAGUACCUCGGAGUAAAAUAAAAUUCAAACUAGUUCAGUUUCUCGGCAAGGAAGUGGGUGGAACUAACAGCGUCCAAGCCUGAAGGCAUCUCUUUAACCGACUCCGUAAACGAUAUGCUCCGAACAGAUCUUCCAUAGAUAAAUCCGUUUUGAAAGAAUAACCGGCCGCUUACACCGAGCCAAUAAAUUACGAAACGGUUCUGAUUUAAUUUACACGAUUGACAAGUGCGGACUGUGCGCUCGGUAUCAUCGUUAAUGACACGUCAGCACAAACAAUUUAUUUGUUUAACCUUUGGAGAUACUUCAUGUCGUCGGUGAUUACUCUCUUGAUCGAUAUUAGCACAGGGAAGAAAAACACAGCGAUGUAUUCAUAUUUAAUUGCCGAUGUUGGGUUUGCACAAUACUAUCAUUCAUAAUGCUGUCGUUAUCGCUAAUGUUUUCUAAGCUGAUUUUACUUCAUCAUUCUUCAUGCCUAUUACCAUAAAAAUUCUACCGUGGAUUACAUGGGACCAUUAAUUAUGCUUUUGUUGGGGCGCUUUUAUACUUACAAAUUUCUAGCAGAAGACAUUUUUCUUACUUUGAAUGACUAAUUGAGUUUGUCUACGUUAACCGCUCGCAAAUUUUUUCAAAGGUCAGAUUCAUUUCUUUUGUAACUCCUAGACAUAACGGUUCUACCAGCAUUUGCACACCUUGUUUUCUUUGCACUUUUUUUUCACAGUUCUUUUUUUUUGCUUUUUACGCAUCUAUUAAAUUUUUGUCUUUAAGCUUUAAUAAAUUUUAUUGCCAAUAUAAAAAUAAUGAUACCAGAAACCAAAGACGGAAGUUACAGAUUAUUCAUCAAAAUAAAAAAAAUGUAUAAUAUGUAUUUAAGAAAUCUUAAAACCGGUUAAACAAUUGAAACGUACGGUAAAAAAUAAAAAUAGGACCUUGACGAGUCACAUUUUAAUCAAAAAAUAUCAGAUUUCAAGAAUUUUGUAUAUAAAUAAAUGUCGUUUUUAUUUUAUCACUCAAUUAUUUUGUCAAAAGAUUGAAU